AUGCUGACAUCGCAGUGGCACAAUGCGAUUCUCGUUCCACGACAACGUAUCAAUCUCCCGGGGAUCUACCUCUUCCUCUCGUACACCGGCGCGCGCCCGGCAGAGAUUGUCGAUAACGAAAAGCAAAAGCCGAAAGACGGUUCACAUGAAGAGUUCUGGGAUGAGCGAGGCGGCUUCCCCGACGACGAAGAGCCCAACGGAGCAGUUCCAGAUAUGGCCACCCGUAUCCUCGAGGAAAUACUUACUCAAGAGACCGAGGGUCGUGAGUGUCCCAAAGCACUUUGCUAUGAGUAUGUGCAUCUAAUGGUAGUUCGCCAUCCCGAAACUCACGAGGACGUGCUGGCGAUGGGUAUCAGACUUGUACACCACAAGGGCGCGGACAAUAAACUCAAGCCAUCCUCAGGACCGUUCUCUUCUUCACGGCCACGAAGCGACUACUUUUUUUGCCCUAUCCUGAUCCUCAUCAGCCUCGCGCUAGCCGAUGGUGCCUUCGCUGCUCGCGGCAUAACUAGCGCAUCCCACAUCUUCCAACUCAGGAAUACCUAG